CCUCUCCGGCUUUAAUUACUUCUGCUUCCCAACUCCCUAGUCCAUUGUUUCAUUCAUUCCCUGCUCUCACUUAUUGGUAUUUAUUCUCUGCAUAUAAUCGCUCAAUCUCCCCCUCACAGUUUCAUUUCUAGUCUUUGCAAGGAAGAAUCUAUCAAUUUCUAGUUCUUUUUAAACUCAGUUCUAAGAGAAUGUCAAGAACCGGAAGUUCCCUGGUGAACGUACACUCAAAACUAACGGUGGUGUCGGACACACCGGUAGAGCAUGGGAAGACGUAUCCCUUUUCCAUAUUGGAUCAUGCUAUGGGCCUCCACACUCUCCAUAUCGUCUUCUACUACAGGUACGACCGCCCCGAGUCCGACGAUCUUGGCCGCUUGAGGGAAUCUCUGUCGAAGCUACUCACACUGUACCCGACGGUGACCGGCCGGUUACGGAGGAGAGCCGGCGGGGAGGACGGCAACUGGGAGGUCAAUUGUAAUGACGCUGGGGUGAGGGUUUUGGUUGCCAAGGUCGAUACCACACUUGACGAAUGGCUUAGAUCUGCUGAUGGGUCCCGGGAGAGAGAUCUGACGGUUUGGGAGGACAUGCCGGAGGACGAUACCAGCAUUUGGUCUCCUUUCCGCAUUCAGAUCAAUGACUUUGAAGGUGAAGGUCUAGCCAUUGGCCUAAGUUGCACACAUAUGUCUGCAGAUCCCACCUGCUACACUACCUUCUUCAAGUCAUGGAUCGAG